UUCCUAACAAUAACAACAAAGCAAAAACACUCCCAAACCCCCAAAAAAAGAAGAAGCUAAAUUCGAAUCUCUCUCUUUCUGAAAAAUGGCUUUCUCGAAAUCUCUAGGGUUUGUUCUUCUCGCUGCUCUUUUGAUUUCUUCCACAGUGGCUCAAUCUCCAGCUCCAGCUCCAUCUAACGUCGGAGGAAGACGGAUCUCACCGGCUCCUUCACCUAAGAAGACGACUUCUCCUGCGCCUGCACCUGAAGUUUCUCCUUCUCCUUCUCCGGUAGCCGCAUUGACUCCAGAAUCCUCUGCUUCACCUCCAUCGCCGCCUCUUGCUGAUUCUCCUACCUCUGACUCUCCGGCUUUGUCUCCGUCUGCGAUAUCUGAUUCGCCUACUGAAGCUCCUGGUCCUGCUCAGGGCGGCGCCGUUUCGAACAGUUAUGCAGUCUUCGGAUCUGUGGCGGUUAUGUUAACCGCUGCCGUUUUUGUUAUCUAGGUUGUUCCGAUGAAUGAAGCUUCUUUGAUUUG